AGUUCGAUUCUUUUGGUCAGCAAAUUCUUUUGAUUUGUUUAACUAUAACUCUAUUUUUAUUUUAAGCUCAUUAAGCCCUAAUAUAUCGCUAUAUAGAACAUGUAAGAUAGAACUCUAUUGGGUAAAAUCUUACCUAGUCAAAGAUCGUGUUUAUCUGUUUGCGAUCAUUUAGGAUUCUUAUCAACUUAUUCAAACAAAUCUAAUUUAAACCAAUCCCUCUUAAUUAGGCAUAUAAAGUAAACUUUGACAACUCUAGAUCCUUCAUUCUAACCAUUUCCAUCACAUUUACACUCCAUUCAUUCAAGAAAAACACAUUUACACUCCCUUCAUUAUUUAUGAAUAUCUUUCCGGUUGUGACGUGCAUUUUGGCCACAUGGGCUGUGGUGGCCGUAAACGCUGGCCAUGGCAGUGCACCACCAAUACAGUCACCAAUUAAAGCUCCAUCUCCGUCGCCUUCUUCACCUUCUCCGGGACCAACGGCGGAUUGCUCAACCAUUGUGAUGGACAUGAUCCCUUGUCUGAAAUUUUUGGAGGCUGAUAGCAAUGACACUAAGCCAGAUGUUUCUUGCUGUUCAGGGUUUAAACAGGUUUUGAAUACGGAUCCUGAUUGUAUUUGUGUUGCUUUAGCCACGAGUUCUAGUUUUGGCAUCACUGUUAAUAUGACUCAAGCUGCCGUUUUGCCUUCUGACUGUAGCGUUUCCGCUCCUCCACUCACCAAUUGUAACAGUACCACCACUCCUAGUGCUUCUCCUGUUAAUCCUCCAACGACAGCUAAUCCUCCAGCAUCAAUUGUUAAUCCUCCAACUCCACAGCCAGCUGCAGCUGCAGGUCCAAUUUCAAAAUCGCCAGCACCAGCUGAGGCAGAUCAAGCUCCAGUUGAAGCUCCUAAUGCAGAGUCCAGUGGAUCCACCAUUAAUCUAACAUCAGCUUCAUUCUCAAUGCUUCUUGUUAUGGCAGCUUUCGCUUCAUUAGCAUAAUUAUUAUUAGAUUGUCAGCAGUCGUAGCUUCUACUCUAGUCUUUAUUCUUUCGUUUUAGUGGCUAGACAUUUUUAUCAAGCACUAGCCUUUUGAUUAAUUAGUAGCUAGGUAGAUUGUGUUUUCUUUAUUUAGCUAGAAUUAUUCAGAUGUUGCCUUUUAUUCUUUUUCUACAAAUAAAUUUUCCUAUUUUAUUAAUUGUUCCUCUUAAUGUUGUACAUAUGUGUUUUAAUGGCCCCUUAGAUUAAACUACUAGAAAAUGACUAUUUUUUGACUGCAAAUACAGCCGGAAAGUGAUCAGAAAAUGCUAAUUUCCGACUAUAUUCAGACCGAAAAGUCGUAGUCGCAAAAUAGUUGGUCUGAAAUAGUUUGCGACCGAAUCCGUCCGUAAUUUGCGACUACAGCGAUCGGAAAGUCAAAAUAGAAAAAAGACUAAUAAAUGUGGUCAAUUGUCCGACUGACGUGGUCGCAAAUAAUUUAAAUUAAAUUUUAAUUUUAUAUUAACUUUCCCACUACUUCAGUCGCAAACGGUAUACAUAAUUAUAAUUUUAUUUAAUCUUUCUCACUGGAGUGGUCGCAAAUAAUAUAAAGUAUUUUUAUUUUAUUUGAGUUUUUCCACUACUGUGGUCGCAAAACUAAUUUAAAAUUAUUUAUUUAUUUAUAUUCCGACUACUGUGGUUGCAAAUCUAAUUUAAUAUUUUUUUUAAUUUAAUUUUUCCACUACAGCAGUCGCAAAUGUUCGUAGAAAUUUUUUGAUAGAUUCCAGCUCUUUUAAAGCACCACCGGCUGCCAAUUCAAAUAUACAGCAACUAACCAAUUAAUCUACCAUGCGAACCAAUUAUUCCACAAUGUCAACCAAUCAAUCCGCCAUUUCAACCAGUCAAUCUACCAUUGCAACUAAUCAAAUCCAUAAAAUGCAAAACAUAAAUAUUUGUAACUAAAAUAUUCAAAAAGAGUUAAACAAUAUUGCAUUUUUUUUGUGGGUGAGAUAUUGCGUUUAUCCAUUAAUUUCAUUUGUCAAACAAUAUUUUAUUCCUUUUCUUAAUUUUAUGUCAUAUAUAUGAGUUUAUCCGUAAACAGAUUAAUAGAAAUUUAUUAUAACAUCUGUGAGAUACUGGUGUUUAUCUUUUUCUUUGUCAGUCAGUAUAUUGUUUUCCAAAAUUAACUGAUCAAUAAUUAACGGAUUAAUAAAAAUUAGUUAGUUGUCCUGAUUAAGCUUAAAAAUGUACGAACUAUUACAUCAUACACCCUAGUACUCUAAUCGCAUACCAUAAGGUUUUGUAAAUACCACCAAACAAACAUAAUGUGUUUCCUUCCGAACGUUGCCUUAUUUAUUUCCUUGUUAAAACUUUUACCGGAAGUAAUUUAUUGGAUAGCAAAUUUUUCGUUUGUCCCGUUUUUAUGACAUUACUAUCUUAUAUAUGGAUUCAAGCAACUUUUCUCUUAGACUACAAUAUGUUGCAAUACUUUAAAGUAGUUUGUUAUAAAAGCUGUAAUUUAUAGUACUUUUGUAUAAAGUAGUUUGGUAUCUGUGCUUGGAAAUAUAUAUAUUAUUCUUCUUCUUUCUUUUGCUGUAAAUUGUUUUUGAAACAGAAUGUUAGUUCAAUAUGCAUAAAGGUAGAACCUAUGUAACUUUUUCAAUCUCCCAAACUUACCUUCACAUGAUUUGCCCAAAUGUCAGGGACCACUGAUGGUAGAACCAUUAAACACGUGCUUCCUCGCAUCAUCAUAUAGGAUAUUUACGAUGAUCGACGUUUCAUCAUCUGUCUAUUUAUCAGCAGAAGCACCACGUGAUUUAUCAGUUGAACCACGUGGUCUAUUCAUUCUUUUACGUUUCUACAAUACAAUAAUAAUAGGGCAACAUAUCACAUGCCUAACUUCAUUUUCUUAGAGUGCAUAAAAUCCAAAAGCAUACCUUAAACUAUAUGGAAGGCAUACUAAUACAAGCAGAAGGAUUAAAAUUUAAAGUAUGUUAUCCUAUUAACCGGUAGAGGCAGAGCCACAAAAUUCUCAUCGGAAAUCUCAAAACUAGCUUCAGGUAUUAUGGGCAUUACAAAACUUUAAAAGCAAGGCCAAAACAUUAGCUGCAUCAGCCGAAUGAUACAAAAAAAAUAAAGCAUAAAGAUGCUAUAUAAAAGGGAAAGAAAUUAUUUUUUUGAGUUGCGUCUGCUUCCCAAUAUCCAAAUUGCAUAACCACAUAAACAUCUGGGCUGAAAAGAGUAACUUUUCCGACCAACACAAGACCACAGUUUCAAUCAAACACAACCGGAAAAAAAAAAA